AUGUGUAUCAUGAGGUCAUACGAAACUCGCGGUCGCGGUGUCGUUGACCCACCACCGCGACGAGGAAACUACACGUCCCAUCCACCAGCCGGCGUGAUGCGUCUACCGCGCGAAUGGCGCCGGACAUCUGUCGAGAGCUUCAGCGACGACGGCCGUUACGUCGAGUACAGGCGAUCGCGAUCCCGUCCUCGUGCCAUUGAGUAUGUCGAAGAGCCUCGCAUACGUGCAAGAAGCCGUGCGAGGAGUGUAUCCAGACGCCGCGUUAGCGAUGUUGAGAUUGUCAGGCCAGCAAGGACCAGCUACAUUGACCCACGUGGAAGUGGUUAUGUGGAUGAGAGGAUUACCAGGCGAAGCGUCAGUCGAGUGAGACAUUGA